AUGCAUCGGACACAAUAUUCGAAUAUGACUUAUCCAAUGCUUUCACGAGAUGGCUGGCUUCAAAAUCGAACGGUUCAUAUUCAAGGUGAGCCGUUCAGAUUGCUGAAUCAAUUAGGUCAAGGAAAAUUCGCAUCAGUGUGGAAAUCGCGAAUGCAAGACGGUUAUUAUGCAGCUGUCAAAGUAUUCGAUUUUAAUCAAGCGAGAAACAACAUCAACUCCAAUCAACGACUGAGUUCGUUCGAAAAUGAAAUUGAAAUGAUUCGUCGAUUACAGAAUGAAGUCGAUUAUGUUGUUACUUUGUAUUCAUUCGAUUUGGAUCGACAGAAACAAAUUGGUUUUAUUGCUAUGGAGCUAGGAAGUACAUCGUUUAAAGAUCAACUCGUAU